CAAAAAAAGAGGAAAGAAGAGGGGGUGAACAAAUUUCUUACAAAUGAAUCUAUGGUGCAAAUUGAACCAGCAUAAAGUGUGAUUAACAUUUGACUUUGUUUCUAGUUGAUUUAAGGGCCUGCACACUAAUUCUUCUGAGACAUUCAAAACUUAGUUGCAUUAUUACCACAAUUGAGAAAUUACUUCAUAAGUAUGUAGUUCAAAAGAUUUUGUUAUGGUAAACAGACAACUGAGGAUAGUAUACAAUUCUAGAAGGUGGUUGAAGACUUAUAUAGAAAUCUGUUAGUGUUCUUGCAAGAAAACCAAAUUCUUCAAGUGCAGUUAUAAAUAUAUUACCAACAAUGAGGACGUGUUUAUGUUAAAUGUCAUUCUUGAGAAGUUCCUUUUAAGUACGCACCGUUGCCGAAUUAAAGACGAAAGAUUGGAGUUUGAAAAUCUAGGGACACAGAUAUGUGUUGUACCAUCUUAAACAUAUGACAACACUUCUUUUCUAUUUCUUGUACACUUUUGAAACAUCAGUUAAUCAGAGUCAUAUCCUGUGGUUAUAGAAAUAAUCUUCUACAUUGGAUUUUUAUUUUAUUUUUGCUUUUGCUGUCAAAUCGCCCAUUAUCACAUGUCUUGUAAUAUUGAAACUCGUGAACUUCCUUGGGAAGUAUUGUGUUUUAGUUUUGUUGAUCUUUUUAUUACUUUGCUUCCCUUAUCAAGCUAUGGAUUAUUUAAUACGUAAAUUUUCUCGCAUUUUGACAAUUUCUGUUGAUGGGGGCUCUGGUAUAAGAUCAUUGCAGUAUUCUGGUCAAUUCUUGUCAUGCCCUGUUGUUUCAACUUAUGUCCACGACCUAUAUGUCUGUAUGCCGGCUAAGGAGUCUAGAUUUAUUUGCAAAACCAACCUCAUAGAACUUGGUCACUUUGUUCGUGUGAAGCAUCACUUUUGUGUUCUAGCUUUUGAACUAAAAGUUGAUUUGCACAAACUUCCUCAAGGUCUUCAUAUGUUGACAACCUUACCCCAACUCAUGGGAGGCCCUCCUAUUAGAGCUCUUGUUGUUGUUAUUCGAUUAACGGCGCCUCAAUUGCAAUUUAGUUGUUAAUAUUCUAUAAAAAAGUUAUUAUAUCAAAUAUUUGGAAUUGAUAUUUCUUGUGUAUUACUCUUGUAUUCUCUUCUAUGUUAACAAAUUUAAUCAUCCAUCUUGGAUUUUUCCUUCUCUAUGUGUUGCUUUUCUUUGCAUCAAGUGAAACCGUUCAAGCUGUCUACACCUGGGCAAGGAGGCUUUAUCAUAAGAUUUUCAGUAGGAGAAUUGUCCUUGCAAAAAACAGAAGUGACUGGAGAAUUGUCCCUGCCACUAUUUGAUGGACAAUAUGGAAAGAGAGGAACCUUAGAGUUUUUGAGAAUAGGGAGAGUAGUAUGCAACAAGUCAAACUAAAUUGUAUUUUGACCCUCUGUUUUUGGUGUAAUCAGAUUUACUCUAAUGAUACUGUCUUGAUGUCUUAGACUCAUUAUAGGGAUAGGUCAAUAUUAUUAGAGUUCCUUAUGUAAAUAUGGUUUUCAGUAUAACCUAUGUAUUGUUCUACAGAAAUGGAAACAAUUACCAUUUUCAAAAAAAAAAGGAAGAGAUCUUUAUGAUGUGGCACUAACUGUGAUUGACUGGGUUAAUCACACCUUUCUUUUGCCUUAAUGUGCCUGUGUCAAAUUUACAAGACAUGGGUAGAUGCACUUCAUUUGUGCUCUUUGAAAUGGACUGUAACCUGAUUGAAAAAAAUAGUAUCCUUCUACAUCACUUUGUUAAGUUCAUAUUCUGUGUGGCACAGGUUUCUCUUUCAUUGUUUCAUAGCUUUUCUGUCUUUUUGGAUGAUUAAAGAUAUGUUAUGCUACGUUUAUGGGAAUAUAUUGUUUCAUAGCUAUAGUGAUGUAUAUUGUUUUAGCAGUCUACAGAGACCUUCUCUAAAGUUCUGAUCUAAGAUUUAGAUUUUGGAAAAAGGAGAAAAAAAGAACAUGAAUAUACUUUGAGAAUUCAGGUCAAUUGACUAGAUUCAAGAAAAACAUAAAAUCUGACUAUGUCUUCUUUGCACAACUGACUGGAAACAAUCUUGAAGUGCAAUUUAGGGCUGACUUGCAUCAGAUAAAAAUAACCAAGUAGUUGCUCUUGCUCAUAGGAUAUUAUCAACAUGGUGAUAAGAAUGAUAACCUGAUUAAGAGGACAAAUAACAGCCCCUUAUUGUAGGGUUAGCGUCUUCAAGUAUACCUCGUACCUCACUUCGAUUGUGAUGUUUGGUUUUUCCUUUGGUACACUUCGAACAUGAAGGGAACAAAUACUAUCGCCAGGUAUGAGACAUUACCUGCUUCAGUUAUCCAAUAAUACACUUGUCAUCCUGAAGAGAAAAUAUGGUCUAGGAAGAGUAAAUGAAGAAGUCAGAGGAGGGUACUAAAUACUAGCUCCGAAGAGCUAGUGUCUUGAGUUGAGAAAUAAUUCAGGAAAGUGGAUGAUGGUAGGGUAAUAGGGUUAAACCUGCUAAGCUUUGUGACAGAAGUAUUUUAUCUUUUGGUGUUAUUGAAUAAUGUUGAGGAAGACUACUAACCUUCUUUGGUGAGAAGAAGGAUUCACGCAAGUGGAGAGUGGUAGACUGGUAGCUUGCUGUAGCUGUACGGUGCAAAAUAGAUGCUCUUUCUGAUUUAAAGAAUUUUGAUGACGACUGAAAACCUUUUGUAUGGUUGCAUUUGCUGCAUCUUUAAGUUCAUAGUUCUUUUAUCUUUUAUAUAGCUGGUGCUACUGCUAUCUGUUACAUAGGCGCUCUUUUGGUGCAAAAGGAACAGCAGAAAAAGUACAUUCAUUGCAAUGUAGCUCCUUAAGAAUCAUAACUGUUGAAUUGAUUUGGGCAGUAGAUAAAGAAAACAACCGUUCUUUUUUUUUGUCUCUAGUGAUUGCAUCUUACAAUAUUCAGCAUUGUUUUUGAUACACUCCCAUUCUAUAAAGUAUGUGUAUUUAACUGAGAAACCUCGGCACAAAGGUUGUAGGCUUGAAGAAAAUGUGGCGUUCAAGUAUUAUCUUUUAUAAGUUGUACAAAAUCAUUGGCAAAUUUGUGGCCAUCUCAGUUCAAAGUCGGUAAUAUUUGUUGUUUGCUCACAUGAACAUAGUUGGUUAUUCUGCUUAGACUUUGGUUAUAAAGAUAGCAAAUCCAUCCUUCUGCUCGAACUUCACCCUGUUUUUCUACCACUUUGAGUGUAUGGAUCCAAAUAGAGUGAUUCUUAUGAAGCUUUAACGGCAUGAACCUCCUCUAUAUCAGCUUUUGUAUAGUGAAAGUGAUGGUUAUUUUAACAAUCGAGUGCAUAAUAGUAUGCAACAAUGUGCAUUCUUUUUGCAGGCUUCUGAAAAUAUAGACACCCAUUUCAUCUACUUCACAUGUGUUGAUGGUAACACUCUCUCUCUCUCUCUCUUUAUGGUCUGCAUAUAAACCUUAUCAACUCGAUUAACCUUAUGGCUUAACAACCUAGAUUUGAACCUUAAGCUAUCAUUACAGAAGACAAGAAGUUGCAUAAACUUGUCACAUUGCAGAACAACUCUAUGAACUUGAUGGAAGGAGGUCCUGACCACUUUCACAUGGUGCAUUUACUCCAAGUAGCCUAUUACAGGUAACCUUCCUUGUUUUUUUUUUCCUUUUAAGGCUGCCGAAAGUUAGCUUGGAUACUGGGGAAAAUUGGUCGAAAUUCCUGAAUUUCAGACCUCAAACUGAGCUUCAUCCACCGCAUUAUGAAUUCUUUAACCUGUAAGAUCAGUUAGAAUCCUGCAUGUUUGGGAGUCUACAAAAAUUUCACUUAGUUGGGCUUUUGAAGAUGUAUAACACGUAAAUCUUUUACAUGAAAAGUGAAUAUUAAGCAAGUACUGACUAUAUGUGUAUUAGUGAACAACUUGCAAUAGUAUAAUUGAUUAUCCAAACCUACCCUUGACUUUUGAACUCUUCUAUUCAAACAUGGUCUACAGCUGUGCUCUUAAUUGUCUUUCCUUUCACAUUGUUUUUCUUUUUUUUUGUAAUAUAUUACUUUAUCAAACACACAGACUUUUCAUCAACUUUGACUAAGAACUUGAUUCUUUCCUCUAAAUAUUUUUUAUAAAUUCUUCAUAUUUUCAGUACCAACUUCUUUUUUUAAUUCAAACAUUGGGGUACAUGCAACUCUCAGCUGUGCUGUUAAUUGUCUUAUUCAGUCAAAUUGCUUAUUUGUAUAUAUUAUACUUUAUGAAACUCAUAGACUUUGCAGCAACGUUGACUAAAUAACUUGAUUUCUUCCCCUCUAUAUAUUUGCAUAGAUUCCUCAAAAUUUCAGUACCAACUCUUUUUUUAAUUCAAACAUGGGCUACAUGCAACUCUCAGCUCUGCUCUUAAUUGUUUUUCUCUGUCAAAUUGCUUUUUCUUCAUCUUUGUGCCCUAAAGAUCAAAGCAUUUCCCUUUUAAAUUUCAAGAAAUCGCUUACUAUUGAUCCCUCAUAUGAUAUUUGUCAUUACAAUUUUUCAAAAUUGAGUUCAUGGAAUACGAGCAGUGAUUGCUGCUUAUGGGAUGGAGUAACAUGCGAUGAGAUGAGUGUCCAUGUUAUUGAGCUUGACGUCAGUUGCAGUCAACUUGUUGGAGUGAUUGAUUCCAAUAGUAGCUUAUUCCAACUCUCUCAUCUGAAAAAGCUCAUUCUUUCUAUGAAUGACUUCUCUUCUUCACACAUUUCACCUGCAUUUGGAAGGUUUUCAAGGUUGACCCAUCUUCAUCUUUCUGACUCGCAUUUCUCAGGUCAAAUUCCUUCUGAAAUCUUUUCUCUGUCAAAUCUCACUCGCAUAGAGUCCUUAUACCUUAGAGGUAACUCCCUGAAUGGUACAAUACCAUCCGGUAUGUUCUCCCUUCCAUCACUAAUUGAAUUAGACUUGAGUAAUAACCAUUUUUCUGGUCAUCUUGAGGAUUUCAAGUCCAAUUCACUAAGAUCUAUUGAUUUAAACAAUAAUCAGCUGCAAGGUCGUCUUCCCAAGUCAAUUCAAAACCUUGUGAACCUAACGUGGCUUGAUCUUUCAUCAAAUAAUUUUAGUGGCAAUGUGGAUGUCAGCUUAUUUUCAAACAUCAAAAAUCUUCAGGGUCUUGAUCUUUCAUAUAAUCGUUUCUCAUUAACCAAUGAGAACAGGGUUAAUUUUACUUUGCCAGAAUCUCUUUUUAGUUUGCGAUUGGCCGCAUGUGAAGUAAAAGAAUUGGAGUUUCUAAGACCAGUAAAGAAGCUUUGGGACUUGAAUCUUUCGAAUAAUAAGAUUCAGGGAAGAAUUCCAGAUUGGGCAUGGCCUAUUUGGCUUAACUUGGACCGUCUUAACUUGUCCCACAAUAUGUUGACAGAUAUGAACUCAACAAAUAUAAACUCAAUUUCUUAUCCCUCUCUAUAUAUUAUUGAUUUGCGGUCCAAUUUUCUUCAAGGGUCACUUCCUAUUCUACCAAAUUCCACACAAUACUUGUUCAUGUCAAACAAUAAUCUUAGUGAGGAAAUUCCUUCAUCUGUUUGCAAUUUGAGAUCACUAAAAGUCCUAGAUUUGGCAAAAAACAACUUGAUGGGAGAGAUACCACAGUGCUUGGGUAAUGUCAGUAGUAGCCUCGAGGUUUUUGAUAUGCAUCAGAACAAUCUGUCUGGGACAAUUCCAACAACUUUUGGCAUUGGAAGUUUACAAGUUAGGAGCCUCAACUUGCAUGACAAUAAGCUACAGGGGAAACUCCCACGAUCUUUAGCCAAUUGCAAGGAGUUGCAAGUUCUUGAUCUAGGAAAUAAUCACCUCAACGACACAUUCCCCAUGUGGUUGGGGACUCUACCAAAGCUGCAAGUUUUAAGUUUGAGAUCAAACAGAUUGCAUGGUCCCAUCGGAACAUCAAGGAUGAGGAACUUGUUUCCUGAGCUUCGAAUCUUAGAUGUCGCUUACAAUGCCUUAACAGAAACCUUGCCAACAAGUUUGUUUCAACAUUUGAAAGCCAUGAGGACAAUUAAUCGAACAAUGAAGGGACCGGUAUACCUUGGAAACGAGUACUACCGAGAUUCUGUAACAAUUGUAUCCAAGGGAAUGAUGCUUGAACUUGUUAGAAUUUUGACGAUUUACACAGCUAUCGAUCUUUCAAGUAAUAAAUUCAGAGGACCAAUUCCAAGUGUCAUGGGAGAUUUCAUUGCACUUCACGUGUUAAACUUAUCUCAUAAUGGAUUGCAAGGUCAAAUACCUCCAUCACUCGGAGAUUUAUCUUCAGUUGAAUCAUUGGACCUAUCGGGAAAUCAACUUUCGGGAGAGAUACCACAACAACUGGUUUCUCUUACGUCUCUUGCGUUCUUAAAUCUCUCCCACAAUCAUCUCCAUGGAUGCAUCCCUCAAGGACCUCAAGUUCACACUUUUGAGAACAGUUCAUUUGCAGGCAAUGACGGAUUACGUGGAUUACCAAUUUCGAAAGGCUGUGGUAAUGAUGGUGUAAUAGACACAAAUUACACAACAUCCUCUCCAGAUGAAGAAAGCAAUUCCGAAUUUCUGGAUGAUUUUUGGAAAGCUGCUCUUAUGGGCUACGGAAGUGGACUAUGUAUUGGAUUAUCCAUAAUAUAUUUCAUAAUCUCAACUGGAAACCCGAAAUGGCUUGCAAAAAUCAUUUUAAAGUUGGAGCAUAAACUUAUGAUGAGAUGGAAAAAGAUACAGCGAAGGCGAAGGAAUGACAGAAGAAAUGAUCGCUUCUAAGAUAAGUUAAGGUAACGUACCUGUACAUCCAGUAGAAAACAAAAGUAGCAGUAGCACCAAAUGCAGUAGCAGCCAACAACCCACCC